CAAUGGCAGCAGCGGCCUCUGCGGCUCCCGGCCUCGGCAGACCCGGGACGAGGAGGGGCUGAGCCGCGGGGGAUCCUGGAAUCCGCGGGGAGGUGGGGAUUCUGGGAGAAAAACUCCAUUUCCUCCUUUCCCGCCGGCCUCUCCCCUCCACCCUGGCACCCCAAAUUUCAAUGUGUCGCCUCCUGGGCGCAGAGCGCCGGUGUUGAGCGAGGCGGCGGCCGCAGCUGGGAAAAUGCUGGGCAUGUACGUGCCGGACAGGUUCUCCCUGAAGUCUUCCCGGGUUCAGGACGGGAUGGGGCUCUACACGGCCCGCAGAGUGAGAAAGGGUGAAAAGUUUGGACCUUUUGCUGGAGAGAAGAGAAUGCCGGAAGACUUGGAUGAAAAUAUGGAUUACAGGUUAAUGUGGGAGGUUCGCGGGAGUAAGGGAGAAGUUCUGUACAUUUUGGAUGCUACCAACCCACGACACUCCAACUGGCUUCGCUUUGUUCAUGAGGCACCAUCUCAGGAGCAGAAGAACUUGGCUGCCAUUCAAGAAGGAGAAAAUAUUUUCUAUUUGGCAGUUGAAGAUAUAGAAACAGAUACAGAGCUUCUGAUUGGCUACCUGGACAGUGACAUGGAGGCCGAUGAGGAGGAACAAGAGAUUAUGACAAUGAUCAAAGAAGGGGAAGGUAAAAAUUCUAAAGGACAAUCAACAGCUGGUAGAAAAGAUCGCUUUGGCUGUAAAAAGGACUAUGCCUGUCCCCAGUGUGAAUCAAGUUUUACCAGUGAGGAAAUUCUUGCUGAGCAUCUUCAGACAUUGCACCAGAAACCCACAGAGGAGAAAGAAUUUAAGUGCAAGAGCUGUGGAAAGAAAUUCCCAGUUAAGCAGGCUUUGCAAAGACAUGCUCUUCAGUGCUCAGCGAAAAGCAGUCUGAAGGAUUCUUCACGAAGUUUUCAGUGCUCUGUUUGCAAUUCUUCCUUCAGUUCAGCAUCGAGUUUUGAGCAGCACCGGGAGACUUGCCGGGGAGAUGCCAGGUUCGUGUGCAAGGCUGACAGCUGUGGGAAGAGGCUGAAGAGCAAGGAUGCCCUGAGAAGACACCAGGAAAAUGUCCACGCCGGGGAUCCUAAGAAAAAGCUCAUAUGUUCUGUGUGCAAUAAAAAGUGUUCUUCAGCAUCAAGCCUACAGGAGCAUAGGAAGAUUCAUGAGAUAUUUGAUUGUCAAGAAUGUAUGAAGAAAUUCAUUUCAGCUAAUCAGCUAAAACGUCAUAUGAUCACCCAUUCAGAAAAACGACCCUAUAAUUGUGAGAUUUGUAAUAAAUCUUUCAAGAGGCUUGAUCAAGUGGGUGCCCACAAAGUAAUACACAGUGAAGAUAAACCUUACAAAUGCAAGCUUUGUGGAAAGGGAUUUGCCCACAGAAAUGUUUACAAGAAUCACAAGAAGACACACUCUGAAGAGAGGCCAUUCCAGUGUGAGGAAUGUAAAGCUUUGUUCCGGACCCCAUUUUCUUUGCAAAGGCACCUACUUAUACAUAACAGUGAGAGGACUUUCAAGUGUCAUCACUGUGAUGCUACCUUUAAGAGGAAGGAUACAUUAAACGUUCAUGUCCAAGUGGUCCAUGAAAGACACAAGAAGUACAGAUGUGAGCUAUGUAAUAAGGCAUUUGUUACACCUUCAGUGCUUAGAAGUCAUAAGAAAACACAUACAGGAGAAAAGGAGAAAAUCUGUCCAUAUUGUGGCCAGAAAUUUGCCAGCAGUGGUACACUGAGGGUUCAUAUCCGUAGCCACACAGGUGAACGUCCCUAUCAGUGCCCUUACUGCGAAAAAGGAUUCAGUAAAAAUGACGGGCUGAAGAUGCAUAUUCGUACUCAUACCAGGGAGAAGCCAUACAAGUGCUCAGAGUGCAGCAAGGCCUUCAGCCAGAAGCGAGGCCUGGAUGAGCACAAGAGGACGCACACAGGAGAAAAGCCGUUUCAGUGUGACGUUUGUGACUUGGCUUUUAGCCUGAAGAAAAUGCUGAUCCGACACAAGAUGACGCAUAAUCCCAAUCGUCCGCUGGCAGAAUGCCAGUUUUGCCAUAAGAAGUUUACAAGGAAUGACUACCUCAAAGUGCACAUGGACAAUAUCCAUGGUGAAGCUGACAGCUAGUGGCAGCUGUAAAGGCAUUAAGCCAUUCAGAAGGGCUCCUAAUACAAAACCCAGAUUUCUCUCACCUGAUUAGCAUAGCAGAAGUAGCCAAAAGAAUUCACUGGACUCAUAGUUCUUAUUUUGCCUACCUUUAGAGUCUAUAGAUAUACUUGCAAAAAAAGAGAGAAAAAAACCCUACUUUUAUCCAGAAAUGGUACCAUGGAAAAAAAAAUAACUCUGUAGCCUUCGAAAUACUACUUAUGUUAUAGUUUAUAAAAAUGGAAAAAGGAACCAUGGCUCUUCUUCUUGGCCAUUUCUCUGUAGUGAAGUUUAUUAACAUACUCCUUAUGAGGACUUUUUA